AUGCCUAUGGCUGACCAGAUUAUCGCACAAGUCCAGAGCUCUACGGGCCUUUGUAUUUCCCCGACAUGGCUCAGCAGCUUCCUAGCUUCCUCCACCGCACAGCGCAACAUCCCCGCCUCCGCACUCACCAAGACAGCUCUAUUUCGCGUUCUCGGCUCUGAUUUUCGUGAAUCACUCUCCAGAAAUCCUUCUUCCGUGUUUCCCAUCGAUAUUUUUGACCCGAAGAUACAAGAAAGACGCCUUCAGGGUCCAAUCCCGGUACAAGUCCUCGACAUCGAAGACAUAGGUACAAGUCUCUGGAGUCAGGUCGAAGCAAUUGAGCGCGUGGAGCGCGGUGAGGCUAUUCGAGGACGCGAGAUUGUGCGCACGAUAUCUGUGGGUGAGGAUGCUGAGGCAGUAGCAAACAAUGGUUCGGGGACAAAUCCUGCCGCGUCGGGAAGUAGUGGUUCUGGGCCGCACCGGUUGAUCCUUCAAGAUAUGGCUGGGACAAAGGCUGUGGCUAUUGAGAUGCAGCGGAUAGAUGGCGUUUCGCUCGAGAAGCUGGGCAUUGGAGCGAAGCUUAUGCUGCGAGGUGCGACAGUUGCUAGAGGGAUGAUCCUCUUGGACCCCGGGUGCGCUACUUUGCUUGGUGGGAAGAUCGAGCUGCUAGAUAGGCCGUGGAAGGAAGGGCGGAAGUCGAGGUUGUUAGAGAGAAUUGCGUCUAUGGAGGCGGAAGACUCUCAAUAG